AUGAGUGGGUGUUUGCCUUGCUUUGGAUCUUCUCCUAAAGACUCUACUUCAAAAGAUUCGGUGAAGAAAGAAGUUUCAGCUAAAGACGGUUCUGUUACUCAGUCUCACCAUGUCAGCUUAGAUAAAUCAAAGUCUCGAGGAGGUUCUGAACAAAAGAAAGAGCUAACCGCUCCAAAAGAAGGGCCAACCGCUCAUAUCGCUGCACAAACGUUUACCUUCCGUGAGUUAGCUGCCGCCACUAAGAACUUUCGACCGGAAUGUCUUCUUGGAGAAGGAGGUUUCGGACGUGUUUACAAGGGUCGUCUAGAGACUACAGGACAGAUAGUAGCUGUUAAACAGCUGGAUCGAAACGGUCUACAAGGAAACAGAGAGUUUCUUGUGGAGGUUCUUAUGCUGAGCCUUUUGCACCAUACCAAUCUUGUGAAUUUGAUUGGUUAUUGCGCUGAUGGUGACCAGCGCCUUCUUGUGUACGAGUAUAUGCCACUAGGGUCGUUGGAGGAUCAUCUACACGAUCUCCCACCGGAUAAAGAGCCUCUAGAUUGGAACACAAGAAUGACAAUAGCAGCAGGAGCAGCCAAGGGACUUGAGUAUUUGCACGACAAGGCAAACCCACCUGUGAUCUACAGAGACUUGAAGUCAUCUAAUAUUCUUCUCGGCGAUGGCUAUCACCCAAAGUUAUCUGACUUCGGGUUAGCUAAGCUAGGUCCCGUGGGGGACAAAACACACGUCUCGACCCGUGUGAUGGGGACAUAUGGCUAUUGUGCACCUGAAUACGCCAUGACAGGGCAACUCACGUUGAAGUCGGAUGUGUAUAGCUUUGGAGUUGUGUUUUUGGAGCUUAUCACUGGUCGGAAAGCUAUUGAUAACGCUAGAGCACACGGAGAGCACAACCUCGUCGCAUGGGCUAGGCCGUUGUUUAAAGAUCGUAGGAAGUUUCCAAAGAUGGCAGAUCCAUCACUGCAAGGGAGGUAUCCAAUGCGUGGAUUAUACCAAGCGCUGGCGGUUGCAGCAAUGUGUUUACAGGAACAAGCAGCGACAAGGCCGCUGAUAGGCGACGUGGUGACAGCUCUAACUUACUUAGCUUCUCAGACGUUUGAUCCUAACGCGGCAAGCAGUCAAAACAGUAGAAGCGGCGGUGGUGGUGGUGGACCGCCGUUUAUCAGAACGAGGGAUGAAAGGAGAAGCAUGGGAGAUGGGAGUAGCUUGGAUAGUCCUGCAGAGACUAGGAGCAGGUUAGGGUCACCAGCGACUCAUAAGAACUCUCCAGAUUACAGAAGAAGGGAUAUGGUGAGGGAAGUGAAUGCAGGAUCAGAGGCAGGGAGCGAGAAUGGAGGAGGGUCAGGGAGGAAAUGGGGUUUAAGCGAUGUGGAAGGGACAGAGUCACAGAGAGGGAGUCCAGCGAGUGUUGGGAGAGCGAGAGGGACUCCGAGGAACAGGGAUUUGGAUAGAGAAAGAGCUGUGGCGGAGGCAAAGGUGUGGGGAGAGAAUUGGAGGGAGAGGAAAAGAGCUACCAAUGGACCUGGCAGCUUUGAUAGUUCAAAUGACUAA